CUCUCUCCUAUCCUGCUUUUCCUUUCCUAUAUCCCAGGGGUCCCAUAGAGGGUGAGGGGCUUCAGCCACACACACCCUCCUCCACCACACUGCCCACCCCUGUCUUAUUGACCUGUGGUCAUCCGAUCACGUAGAGGGUGGUCCGAUGGCUUGGAGACCCUCACACCUCCGCCUGUCUAGGAAGUGGGCAGAGGGAUGUGGCUUGGGGGUGAGGGUGGUGUGGCCGGCAGUGGGGAAUCUGCCAGGCUUAGGUUCAACUCCAGACCCAGCCACUUCCCCCUCCGGUGACCCUGGGCGGGUCACUGUACAUUUCUGUUUGCUCCCCCGACCCCACCCGCGAUUCCCUCUUUGCAAAACGGAGCAAUCAAUAAACUGUGUGCCUGAUGGGGACAUUUGUGAUCAAAUGAGCCGCGGGGGUGAUGACUACAGUUAUUAUUAAUAUUUGCCCCACCGCUUUUCACCUCCAGGGGCCCCCACAGGCUAGUCCAGUCUUGCUUCCUGCCACCAGUCUCUCAGGUGUCCAGAAAAGAUUUUUGAUCGUCUCCCAGGUGUGUAGGAGGUGAGCCUCUGAGCAGGUGGAAACCCAGCUCUCAUACUCGGUGACUGUGUUCCAGGCAUUGAAAGACAGAGACGUGGAGAAAGAGGGAGAGAGAAGCGGAGCGAGGCACAGAGAGACAGAACGUGUGGAGAGAGGCAGAGGAGCGUGGAGAGACUAAGCAAGACACUAAGCGAGAGACAGCAGGGUGGAAGACAAGUCCGGCCUGCCCCGGAGCCCCAGCCUCGCCUUCAUGCCCGGCCAGUGCCCCCUCUGGCCCAUCCUCCCAGGUAAGCCUCAGCCCAAGCUGCAGGUGGUCUGAGUCACAGACUCCAAGUGAGCCUUGAGGAGCUUCUGCAGACCGGAGGAUGGCCCAAGUCCUGCACGUGCCAGCUCCAUUCCCAGGGACCCCUGGUCCAGCCUCCCCACCCGCCUUCCCUGCCAGGGAGCCUGACCCGCCAUACUCAGUGGAGACGCCCUACGGGUACCGCCUCGACCUGGACUUUCUCAAGUACGUGGAUGACAUCGAGAAAGGCCACACGCUCCGGCGCGUGGCCGUGCAGCGCCGGCCCCGCCUCAGCUCACUGCCCCGAGGUCCUGGCUCCUGGUGGACGUCCACCGAGUCUCUGUGCUCUAAUGCCAGCGGGGACAGCCGCCACUCGGCCUAUUCCUACUGCGGCCGUGGCUUCUACCCGCAAUACGGUGCUCUAGAGACCCGCACCGGCUUCAACCCUCGAGUUGAGCGCACGCUGCUGGAUGCCCGGCGCCGCCUGGAGGACCAGGCAGCAACGCCCGCAGGCCUGGGCUCCCUAACCCCCAGUGCGGCAGGCUCCACAGGCUCACUGGUGGGCGUGGGGCUGCCACCCCCGACGCCUCGGAGCUCAGGACUGUCCACACCGGUGCCUCCCAGCGCCGGGCACCUGGCCCACGUGCGGGAACAGAUGGCAGGCGCCCUGCGGAAGCUGCGGCAGCUGGAGGAGCAGGUGAAGCUGAUCCCCGUGCUCCAGGUGAAGCUCUCGGUGCUCCAGGAGGAGAAACGGCAGCUCACGGUACAGCUCAAGAGCCAGAAGUUCCUGGGCCAUCCCACGGGGGUCCGGGGCCGCAGCGAGCUCUGCCUAGACCUCCCAGAGCCCCUCGAGGAUCCCGUGUCGCUUGAGACCAGGAGCGUGGGCACCUGGGUCCGGGAGCGGGACUUGGGGGUGCCUGAUGGGGAGGCGGCCCUUGCUGCUAAGGUCACCGUGCUGGAGACCCAGCUCAAGAAAGCGCUCCAGGAGCUGCAGGCAGCUCAGGCCCGGCAGGCUGAGCCCCAGCCCCAGGCCCAGGCCCGGCCACCACCAGACAGCCCAAUCCGAGUGGACACCGUCCGCGUGGUAGAGGGGCCUCGGGAGGUGGAGGUGGUGGCCAGCACGGCCGCUGGGGCCCCCGCGCAGCGGGCCCAGAGUCUGGAGCCCUAUGGAACAGGGCUGCGGUCCCUGGCAGCAUCUGGAGGGGGCGAGAGCCCCGCUGUGUUCUGCAGCCACGAGGUGGUAGAGACUGUGUUCCCAAUGUCUGCUGCGUCCCCCGGCAACGUGCACCUGGUGAAGAAGAUCAGCAUCACGGAGCGAAGCUGCGAUGGGACAGCAGGUCCCCCACAGGCUCCUGCAGAGUCGUCCUCGUCGCCCCCAGGGUUGGCAGCCACCUCCCCGGCACAGCCUGAGAAGGAGGCGGGUGGAGUGCCCGCCCGUGAGGCUGGUAACACGGCACCAACCGAGGCCACGGAGGCAGGGCACACAGGCGAGCCCCCGGUGGGCAUGCGGUCCAUCAUGAAGCGCAGAGAGGAGCCCAUGGACCCCCUGACCCCCCGGAGGAGCCUGCAGUUUGUGGGGGUCAAUGGCGGGUGCGAGUCCUCGUCUGAGGACUCCAGCACAGCAGAGAACUUCUCUGACAACGAGAGCACGGAGAACGAGGCCCCCGGGCCAGAGGAGAGGGCUCCAAGCGUGGCCGAAGCCCCCCGGCUCAGGCCCUCAGGGACAGAGGAGUGCCAGCCGCCUCGGGAGCCUCAGCGUGUCCCAGCGGAGGAGGGGGCGUCAGGAGUGAAUGCAGAGGAGGAGAUCCGGAUGGAGCUCAGCCCCGACCUCAUCUCAGCCUGCCUGGCCCUGGAAAAGUACCUGGACAACCCCAAUGCCCUCAGCGAGCGCGAGCUGAAAGUGGCCUACACCACGGUGCUCCAGGAGUGGCUGCGGCUGGCCUGCCGCAGCGACGCCCACCCCGAGCUUGUGCGACGCCACCUGGUCACCUUCCGGGCCAUGUCAGCGCGGCUGCUGGACUACGUGGUCAACAUCGCCGAUGGCAACGGCAACACGGCCCUACACUACUCCGUGUCCCACGCCAACUUCCCCGUGGUGCGGCAGCUGCUCGACAGCGGUGUCUGCCAGGUGGACAGACAGAACCGCGCCGGCUACAGCCCGCUCAUGCUCACCGCCCUGGCCACCCUGAGCACCCGGGAUGACCUCGAGACCAUCCUGCAGCUCUUCCGGCUCGGAGAUGUCAAUGCCAAAGCCAGCCAGGCGGGGCAGACGGCCCUGAUGCUGGCGGUCAGCCACGGCCGGGUGGACGUGGUCAAAGCCCUGCUGGCCUGUGAGGCGGACGUCAACGUGCAGGAUGACGACGGCUCCACGGCCCUCAUGUGCGCCUGUGAGCACGGCCACAAGGAGAUCACAGGGCUCCUGCUGGCGGCGCCCGGCUGCAACAUCUCCCUCACCGACCGCGAUGGGAGCACAGCCCUGAUGGUGGCCUUGGACGCGGGGCAGAGUGAGAUUGCGUCCAUGCUGUACUCGCACAUGAACAUCAAGUGCUCGUUUGCCCCGAUGUCAGAUGACGAAAGUCCUGCGUCAUCCUCUGCCGAAGAGUAGCCUGGAGGGAGGGCCCGAGGGAGGCCGGCUGCUCGACCUGUCCCUCCUCCCUCGCCUCCUCCCCCUCCUCCCUCGCCAGCGCCCGCUCAUGCCCACCAGGGCCAGCGUCUCGAAGGCAGGUGGGAUUUCCUCCUGCCCAGGGGACACAGCAGCAAGUCUCCGAGUGAGAGCGGGCUCUUCCCGCUACACCGGCUCAAAGCGGCCGCCGAGCAGACUGGAGCGAGAUUCUUACAUAAAUCGGCGCCAGCGGCUGUGGCUGGGAUGCGGGUUUUUCAUAAACGCUGAGAACAAUCAACUGGCAAUUAUGAUGGAGGAGCGUGGAAGGGAAAAAGACUGUAGUUUUGCAUCAUUGGGGGGGCGGGGGACAGAAAUCGUAUUACUUGUUGCCAAAUUCGAAAGUCACUGGAAUCACAUAUUUUCAUUUUAAUCCUGAAUGUUGUCAUUCCACACAGUCACGUCCGCAGUGACCUGACGCCCCCCCUUCGCCCGCCCCACGCUUAAUUGUCUGGUCUAUAAUAGUGUUUUGUCCGCUGCCCCCCAGCCCCCCGCAGACAGCUCUCGCGGGAGAACUGUCUUCUGGUCUCUUCACAAAACAGAUUCUGUCCUUGUCACCGGGGGCAGGGAGCUCAGGCCUUUUUUUUUUUUUUCAGUCCUUUUUUUUCUGCUUUGUCUCUGACACUGCCUGUGUCACCCCCAUCCAAGUUGGGGGGAGCUCAGGACCCAGCAGCCGAGACAUUGAGAGAUCACCCAGAAACCCGUGUCCCCUCCCCGUGUGGAGGCCCUGGCAGAUACUAAUUUUCCUAGAAAAUCCUUCAGAUGUGGGGACUCGGGAAGUGAAUCCGGUUCCCAGAGCAGCGGCUCCUGGGCUUAGAACCCUGGAAAUGGGUGUCCUCACCCCCCCCCCCAGAUUCCAGAAUUUCUUCCCGCUAAAGGGGGAAAGAAACACAAAACCCAGGGCAUGUGCGUGUUGGCAAGGCACAUGGCAAGCUCCAGAAACUCCAUGUGCGCACAAUUAUAAGUUGGCUGCCCCCCCACCCCGGGGCUCCCAGGGCAAACUUGAAGGGACGGGGCUUUGCCGAAAACCAAACAAGGGCCAGCUGGUUUGGUUUUGUUUCUGUUUCUGUUUUUGUUUUUGUUUUUUAAAAACAACCUAUAGGCUUUCUGGAGCUGCUUGGAACAGAGCCUGCUGGAAAUAGGGCUCGCCAGCCACAGUUUCCUUCAUGGGCUAUUUUGUCCUCAGAAUCUCCACAGUUUUCUUUCUAGUUCCUUCCUUUUGUGAACCAAAAAAAAAAGGGGGGCGGUUCUGAGCCUUGAGGCGUUGAGUGCCUUAUGACAGGCAGUGAGGAUCCCUAAACUAAUAGGUGUCCUGUCCUCUCUCUCUUCGGGUUCUGGAUGGUUCUGGGUGGUUCUGGAUGCUCGGCCCUGAAGGCUCCCUCCUGUUCAUUCAGUAAAGCAAAGCACUGGCUUCUCUCCUACAAAAGCAGGUUUCUUGGCUUGAUGGAGUCUGGCUUGCUUUGAUUUUGGCUGUAGGGGGAGGUACCUAAGACCAAAGAGCUUGGAUGGUCGAAGGAGACAUUCUAGAUGGUGCCUGUGUGUGCGUGUGUGUGUGUGUGUAAAUUGGAGAGAAAACAACCAUAGCCUACUGGGGACAAUUGGUGUGUGACAGGAGGCCACAACUUUGGGUAGCUUUGAGAAGCGGGACUGAAGUUGUGUGCCUGCGUGUCUGGCCCCGGAGCCAGCGGUCACAGUCAAGUUAAGCUCCUCAAAGCAGCUCAUCGACACCCCUCCCCGGAUGAGUCCAUAUUUACCCCUGCUUUCCGCCCCCCCUCCCCCAGCCUUCCCCCAUACCCAUCGGCCUUGGCGCGCUAGGCUACGGGGACGUCCCGCCUCUGUCCCCUGUUCUCCUGUCACGUGUAUUCAUGCCCCUUAACUUCACUUCCCGACCACGGUACGUCCAUAAAGACAGUAUUACACUUAAAUGAAGUAUUCCUUUUUGUAAUCGUUUUUUAGAAGGUAAAGGAAUUUAAUAAAGCUACUUUAUGAUAAGAUGCA